AUCUGGCGGGAGUCGCAGCACUCGCGGCGAGGACAUCAACGGCGGAUGGGUUCGGCGCAACGGAAAAAGGAAGUGGACACUGUACGGGUAGCAGCGACGACGUGUGUCGACGUACGGGCGACGAAUGUCGAGAUUUCUCGGUCCGCGAAGGAGAUGCGCGUCCCAGGGGACCGCGGGGCAAUGAGUAACGACGAGUCGGCCGGAACACGGGUCAUGAGUAGCGCAAAAUGAGAAGAACGUUUAACGCCGCGGUGGAGGCCCGAACAACGGACUGCAUCGAAGUCACGAGACGUCUGCAUAAAAGCGUGACGGAGAUUGUCAAGAAGUUGGAUGAGCAAAAGAAUCGUGCCCUGACAGUAAACGACAUAUUUGUUCCAUCUGGGAAAAUUCAGCGCAUGAAACUUAAGGACUACUGUGAGAGACUGAUAUUAAAAGACCCUGUUGGAAACGUGCAUAAGACAGAAGAACUUCUGUGGAGAAAGGCUUUCUACGAUGUUGUAUACACAGCCAAAAAAAUACGAAAGGGUAACACCUGGAAUGAUAUGGAAAAAACGCUGCUUUCGGCCCAUUUGGUGGUGGGUGUGGGAUAUUAUCAUCAUCUGAUAAUGAAAUUACAAAUGGAAUAUGAUCUAGAUCUUGUUGGUGUUGUCGACUUUGCUUUCAUUCAUAAUGAAAGUAUUUUAUCAUAUGCAAGAACUAAAACAGGGCAAUCUAAAACUCAUACCAAGGAAGUUAAACAGUGUGUCAUGCGCUUGAUCCAUCGAAGUCUAGUAUGCCUUGGAGACUUGAGUAGGUACAAAUUAGAAUUAAAUUCAAACUGGGAUCCAAUGAUAGCAAACAGAUAUUAUAAAAUGGCUAUAGCCAUUGAUCCAAAUAUUGGUAUGCCGCACAAUCAGCUUGGAACCAUAGCAGGCAAUAAAAAUUAUGGAUUAGAUGCAGUUUAUCACUAUAUGAGAAGUGUUUUGUGUCCUGAGCCAUUUGAUGGUGCAGAAGGAAAUCUAAGGAAAAUUGUAAUAACUCAGUCCACUUAUACAGAUGAGAGUAAUUCUGUUCAUCAUUGCGUAUCGCGAUUAUUUUCUUUAUUACAUUUAUGGGAUUAUGAAAAUCCAAAUUCUGACAAAAUAAAUCAGGAGUGUCAGGCUCUCUUAACUGAUAUAGAGAAAUGUUUAACAAUGGAUCAAAUCGAACCAAAUAACGCAAAUUGUCUAGAAAAUAUGGAUAACAUAGAAACAUAUCUUCAAAAUUGCAAAAACAGACCAACACUUUAUUUGACAGAUGAUAUGGUGUUUAAGAUCGUGACAAUAUGUUUAAUGUCAAUUUCUAGAUUAAAAAACAGAGAAUCCAACGAAGUACAGGGCGUCGUUGCUAUAACUUUAGCGAUAUUAUCGCAAUUGUUAGAAUUUAUAAUAACAAAACUACAAGAAAUGAUCAUACAAACGGCAGUGCCUGAUGUAGAAACAACUGUGAAGGAAAAUGCUUCCGAAUUGAAUGAUGUCCAGAAAAUUCAGACGUCUGAGUCAGGAAACAAUGGAGAGCACGUGGAAGAAAAGAACUCUGCUUUGAACCAAGACAAUAAUAUACUCGAUAUAGAUGAGACUAACAAAGCCAAGUCAGGCAAUGGAAUUACUAAUGAAUCAGGUCCCAAAAAGAUUCGCGACAAAUCGAAAAACCUUCUUAACAAGCUUCGUAGACGGAAAAGGAGGACCAGCUCUGAUUCGGAUACGAGCGACGUAGACCAAACAGCUCUGGCAUCGUCCAGUGACGAGGUCAACUCUGACGUAUCCGAGACGGAGGAGGAUGCAUUGAGUGAGGGAAACGAUGCAUUGUCGGACGACAAUACAGAUGAUGAGGAAUCAUCUCCGGAAAAUAAGAUUCAGUCUGCCGAAAACGCAGAGCAAAUAGCGAAAGAAAAGAUGAACGGCCAUGGCAGCGAUGUCAUCAACAAAACGGAGAUUUGCGAUAAGGAUGAUACCAACCAUUUGGUUAAUGGCCAACAGCACGCGACCAAUCAGCAAAUGGACUCGAAAGCGAAUGAUAAAGAUCACGAUAAGGAUUCAGAAAUAAAUUCCAGCAGUGUCGUCACUCUCACAAACACGGACUCUACUAGUACCUUUGAGGAAGGCAACGAUCGCUUGUGUAAUGCGGACAAUAUCUUCUACAUGGCACGAGUGAAAAAGCAGAGCUUAAAGUCGGAUGACAUUCUGAACAUAUUAAUCGGCAAGGAGAUUCUCGUAUCUAUUAAAGUGUGCUGCGAUUGGCUUCGAAGUAAUCCUGAUAUCGUGAGGAUAUGCGCCAAGAGUUCACGAAUAUUGUUGAAGCGCUUUACGAUUCUAUUAAAUCUAAUCGAUGUGGAUAUUGAAACUCUUGUGCCUGGGAGCGAGGACUCUACGAUUUUAUCCAGCGUAAAGAGAUUAAAGGAAUACGCGAAGACGGUACCUCUACCGGAGGACAUUGAUCUCCGGGGAUUGAGUUUGCUGGAAAACGCUCACAAGGCUCUCGAUUGGCAAAUACUUCGUAAACACAAAAUGAACAAACGGGAAGAAACGCUACUGAGAGUGCUGAAGCUAAUCGAGUUUGGGCACCAUCUUUGCUCUGUUGAGGAUUCAAGGGUGCAGUACAAUCAGACUGAGCGAUUAUUCGUGGUGACCGAUGCAAACUCGUCAAACGCUUCAAAGGUAAUAGGCCAGGAUGAGAAGAAUCUUGGGCCAGAGCAUUCAGAGCAUUCGAAACGGAAACUUAUGAGACACAUGGGCACAUUGUGGUUGAACGCCGAAGUUCGAGCUCUAGAGAGCCAAUUACGAUCUCGAUUGAUGUCGCCGUAUCUCGUUCCUGAUUACGAAGCCUUAUCCAAGCAUAUGCCAGUCCUUAAACGUUUGGUAUAUGCAAAGAAGUUUAUAGUAGUAAUUCCCGCGGUUGUUGUCUCUGCUUUGGACGAGGUGAAACGCGAAAGUGUUCAGGCGAGAGAAGCGACGCGAUGGUUGGAGACUCAAUUAAGACGUGGCUCAAGAUUCUUACGGGCGCAAAGACCUCACGAGCAUUUGGCGCUGCCAUUAAUAAAAGGACCAAGGCCAAAAGAUAAGGAAGCAUGGUUAUUUUUCCAGAUAAUAGAGUGUUGUCACUAUCUUACUCAGCAAUCGAAAGUCGGUUUUACUAGCGACGGGGAGGCACCGGUUGUGACUCUUCUAACUGGUUGUAAACUGGACGACAGAAGAGCUUUGACGUUUAGUCCCGAUGGAUUAGCAAAAAGUGCAGGUGUUAAUCUCGAGCAUAUAGAAUCAUUUCAAAUAAAAUGGAAAUCGUCAAUCAAGAGCUAUGGCUGAGCGAAGUAUAUUGCUUCUACGUGAACUGUCGCUAAAUCUCAUUCAGAGAUACUAUCCAUUGCUCGGAUGCCACACAACUAGAUUCUCAGCCGAUUAAAAGACAAGCACGGCAAGGGGGUUGGAAACCCCGCACAUAUUAAACGGAAAAUCGACGACGUAUUCUCGUACUGCCGCUAAAUUGGUGUCGCUAGAGAAUGUCAUUUUCCGUCGCAGAAGAAUCCCUAAAUAAUAAACCAAUGUUUUUUUUCUCUUUCUAAUCAUUCGUAUUGCCAUUUAUGUUUAAAAAGAUUGUAUUUUUAAGUAAACAUUUUUAAAUAAUCAGA